AUGAGUGGCGACGAGGAAAAGACGACCGAUUUCUACGUUCGAUACUAUGUCGGACACAAGGGAAAAUUCGGUCACGAAUUCCUGGAAUUCGAGUUCCGUCCAAACGGCGCUCUCCGCUACGCCAACAACUCGAACUACAAAAACGACACGAUGAUCCGCAAGGAGGCUACAGUCUCGGAGUCGGUGCUCAACGAGCUGAAACGCAUCAUCGAGGACUCGGAAAUCAUGCAGGAGGACGACGAGAACUGGCCAGAACCAGACAAGAUCGGACGUCAGGAGCUCGAGAUUCUCUACAAGAACGAGCACAUCUCGUUCACCACUGGAAAGAUCGGAGCGCUGGCCGACGUGAACAACUCGAAGGAUCCGGAUGGUCUCCGCUCGUUUUACUAUCUCGUCCAGGAUCUCAAGUGCCUCGUCUUCUCGCUCAUCGGACUCCACUUCAAGAUUAAGCCAAUCUCCUAA